AUGCAAAAAAAACACAUGGCCCCAGAAACUUCGAACUGCUCUGGUGAGUACUCGCUUAGCACAGCGCCCCCAGCCCCGAUCGUCGAUACGUCUGUGUGUGCUGCCCCGCAGGAAAGCUCCCCCGGGGAGGGCAAAAGCCCACUUGAAAAUAUAUUUUCAGCCUUUAGUUUUUGCCCUGUGAAGGGGUGCCCUUUGAACUUUGCCUCCACGCAUGCGAUAUGCAUAUACUCGAACAUUCUUUUCUGCUUGGGGGCAAAGCACGCGGGCUCUCCCUCUUCGGAGUGCAGCCUGCCAUUUCGCGAAAUAUGCAACUUUGAGCGCGCAGUGCUUCUUGCUGUGCAAAUAGACCGGACGUUUAAGCCGGCGCCUGUGGGGAGGCUGGACUUGAACUGCGAGCAGGACAUUGAGUCUCUGGCUUUCAAAAUCUACGAGCAAAUGCCAGAGUCCCGCCGGAGGGCGAUGGGCCCUGGAGAUUACUACUGCAUUCUGGACAUGCUCCACUGCCGGGGCGAGUUUGAGCGGUUUUUUGGCGUGUAUGACGAGUGCAGCUGCCCAAACCUGGGCGUGUACAAGCUUGCCCUGGUUGCCUCUCUGCAUGCAGAUAACGGCAAGGAGAUGCGCAUAUUCUUGCGCCUGAAAAAUGCGCUGGGCCUGAAAAAAGACGUUGACCCAAGCAGGCCUGCCCCGAAGAUCGACAAGAAGUAUGCGAAGCUUGUGGAGGAGGCGGCAGAGGGCGGGGAUCUUCCUGCGUGCUCUGCAAGCGAUGCUGUGACGCUUUUCUACACCGUCAGGGCCUGGUACAUGGGAAAGUACAAGGAGUUCCACUGGACUGCGUACAUGAACAAAUGGUACGUGAGCAAAAGCACGGAGGGGGCGUCCGAGGCUAUGCUGGACAAGUGCAUUCGGUUCAAAAAGUACGAGGAGGGCUGGUGCAUCUACAAGGAGACGGCGCUGGAGAAAAUCACGCCGCUCCGGCUGCUGCGCCUCUCCAACCGGGCGCUCUUUCUAAUCAUGCAGGCCAUAAACAACAGCAACGCCAACAUGUGGGCGGAAAGGUAUUUGGAAGUUGCCACUGUGAUUUCGCGCCUUAAUAUCACCGACCGUGUGAAGAUACACAGCACUUUCGCCGUGCUUUUAAACCUUAAAAACUACAACAAAAUGUCGUACCUUGCAUGCCUCGUUCUGAAGCAGUAUCCAGACCCCCUCCUGAACAACAACGCGUCCAUCUGCAUGAUAUUUGGAGUUAUUUAUGAGAUGUUCAAAAAGUACGAGUACAUAUUCGCGGACAAAAGCCCCGUGACCCACUUGGAGAAUAAUCCCCUCACAGAAAUAGAGAGAACCCUCAACAAAAACGACGUCCUGCUCCCAGAGCUGGCCGUGGAGGCGUGCCUCAUAUACAGAAAGUGGCGGAAGAGCCACAGCAGAGGCGUCUUUUUUUCGCUCUUUUGGGGGAGAUCCCACGACUCCAUGUGCGUGUACAACUCAGUGCUGCAAAUUGCUAUUAUUGUCAAGGCACGGGAGGAGAUCUUGUCCAUAUGCAGCGACAUGUGGAACGACAGCAUCCCCGUUACUGAAGACGUGUCUAGCUCUCUCGUAUAUAUUCACAGAGUGUUCACAGAGUGCGCCUGCAGCGAGUCUGAGAAUGCGUGCACCCGCCCGUAUCUAAUGCAUGUGCUUUCUCUUUUGGAGGCAGCGCCCAGCAGAUAA